AUGUGGUCACCUAAAAGUGUGGUUCCUGCUUUUCGCUUGCUACUGAAUUUCUGUGCUGCUACCGAGGUCAUUGGCGUCCUUGGCGGGCGAUAUGCUCGUUUAGGAAUGUUUCCCUAUCAUGCUGCUUUGCUCGUGCAUGAUUGGCCAUACGGUGGCGGUACCUUGGUCUCGGAGUUUUUUGUCCUGACCUGUGGCCACUGUGUUACCAGAUACGACAGAAUGGAUUGUACGGUUCUUUUGGGCGUCAUCGACUUAAAGGACAUCAAUGGACAAACGUUCCUUCCUAAGGAAUUCAUCCCUCACCCGAUGUAUAAUAAUGAGACGAAUGAUUACGAUAUUGGACUGAUUCGCUUAAGCAGAGCAGCUGAAAUAAAUGAGUUUGUGCAAACAAUUGGAAUGGCUUCUGCCAAUUCCACCUAUUAUGUUGGCACGUUAGGUCAUGUCUGUGGACAUGGAGUGAUCGAUCCAUAUAAUACUCGACAAAGUUGUCUGAAAUAUGCAUACGUUCCAAUAUGGGACCCAAAUAAUUGCACUAGUGCAAUAUUUAGUGGCAUAACGGACCACGGCAUGGUUUGCGCAGGAGAUGACGAUGGACGAAACAAUCCAUGCAAAGCAGAUUCCGGUGGCGGAUUGGUUGUGAAUCACAUACAUGAUUUGCGGAGGAGAUCCGCAGACGUAGACGGAGGACGUGCCAAGGAGAUUCUGGUGGACCAUUAA